AUGGAUGGCAAUAACAACCACAACAACCCACCGCAAUACCCUUACAACCCAUACUACUAUCCACAAUACUAUACCAACUAUCCACAGCAACAGCAUGUGCCACAAGGAGAUCCAUCAGCCGCACUGCCAUCCAUGAUGUAUCAGUUGCAACAGCAGACACAACAGCGACAGGCAAUGGGCGCCCUUGCUGCUGCCUCCAUCUCGAAUACGCUUGGAAGCAAUCGCCAACAAGAGCAGUAUCCACCUGUAGAAUAUUACGCCGAUUACUAUGCUGUGAACGAUCAGCGAUCCAUGAUUAACUACAAUGAUAUUACGCAUCCCAACGCCACUGCUGCCACUGCUGCUCCACCCACAGAGACAGCUGUCAAUGAGAGUGAUCCAUCGCCAAAAAAGCCGAAAUUUUGUUGCAAUCGAUGGCUGAAAAGUGCCGUUGCAGUAGCACAACAUGAGAAACUUCAUAUCCAAUGUCCAAGCUGUGAUCAUAUGUGUUUGAAAUCAGCACUACCAGAGCACGAAGAGAUUGCGCACGGAAAAGAGAGAAAAGAAACCAACAAAAAGCCAUCUCGGCCCGAUGGAGUGAUUCCUCCCAAUGCGCCUCGAAUUGAUACACCUGAAGAAUUAGCAGCAUGGAUCGCAGCUAGAAAGAAGAAUUGGCCCAGUAAAGACAAUAUAGUCAGAAAGGAACAGGAGAUGGCUGAAAAGGAGGCUCGUGGUGAGCUGCCAGUGAACAACAAGAAGCGAAAAUUAAACGAUAGAAACAAGCAGCAGCAAAACAAAAAGAGUAAAUCCGAGGAAUCGUCGCUGGUAGAUGCUCAAUACGACUCGAAUUCUGAUUCUGAUGAUACCAUGGACCCUGAAAAAGACGCCAUUUCAUCCAAAGAUCCAUCUGCGAUGGGAAAGAUCUUGUUGCCUGAGGAUAGACCGAAGCGAAGAUGCAAGUAUUUCAUGAUGGGUAAAUGCAAACGAGGUGAUGAGUGUGGGUUUUCGCAUGAAAAGCCUGAGCCCAGGCCCAAACAACCCAAGAAUGCACCCGUGUUUAAAAAGAGGCCUAAUCUCUUGUUCAAGUUGCUGGAAAAGGACAUUAUGCAGGAAAAGAGCGUCAUUUUACAGUGCUUGCGAUACAUUACGGAUAACAACUUUUUUGGUAAAGGAGGAGAGCCUGUUGAUGUGCCAUCAUUGCAAGAGGAAUCCAAUGUGCCGACAAUACUGGAUAAAACAGAAGCUUCUAUUACGAAUGCAAGUGGGAGGAUUGAUGAGACGUCGGCCAGCUCUGAGCCUGUGGAGCAGCCAGUUGAGGCUGUCACUGUUGAGGAGAACAAGGAGGUUUCUGUAAGCCAGGAGCAACCGAUCACUGAAUGCAACACUGUCUUGCAGCAAUAG